CAGCCUUCUCGACGUUCCUACGCUCCUCCUACAGUUCCUAGGAUUUAAGGAGCUGACCGGGACUCUUUCUAAAGCAGGAUUUCUUCAAGACGUGUCUCGAAGGACCCUAUUUUUUUGGGGUGGAGGUGUUUUCAAGAAGAGACGCGUGCAGACCGACACGGAGGAUAAAUUUGGAAGAUCCACCCACCAUGAAGACGCGGGUCCUCAUCAGCCCCGCCCAUCAGCCCAUGGCACUAACCUCCCUCGUACUCACACUCCUCCUUGGUGCGUCCUGCGCCUUCGCCCUGGCUCUCCCGACCGCCGAUCUCGAAACAGCUUCGAGUGAGGUGCGAGCGAAGCGGUACUUCGGUCGGCCGGAUGGAAUUAAUGAUUAUUUCGAAUUCGGUGGAGUCUUCGAUGCCAAUAGCAACAAUUUCGGCAACAGGGAUGAUUUUGCGGGGAAGCCGGAUCGAAAUGUUCUUACGGUGUAUGAGACGCUCACCGUCACUCACACUGAUUACCAGAAGCUGGAACUGACGAAAACGCAGACUGAAACGAGUAUUAGUUACGUCACGCAUCAAAGCACUGAGUACAUCACACAGACCGAGCCACUGCCGAUCUACAAUACGGAAUACGAGACCGAAUUCAGGACCGAAUACGUGACAGAGACCGAUUAUCAGGAAGUGCCCGUGUUCACAACGGUAUUCCAGACUCAGUACCAGACCGAAUUCCAGAUUGAGACCGAGUACCAAGAGGUGCCCGUGUACAGUACGCUCGUGACCACCGUGUACCACACCAAGUACCGGACAGAACAUACCACUACCACAGAGACGGAAAAUUACCCUGUAUAUACGACCUACUACACGACUUUCACCGAGACAGAAUACUUACCUACUUACUUGACCGAGACUCACUUCGAUACCCAACACGUGACUCGCACGGCCACCGUCACCACCACAGCUAUCGAUUACGUCACCACGACUGCCUACGUCACCACCACGACUUUCCAGGACGUCUACGUCACCCAGACUCACGAGGUGCCUUCCUACUUCACGGAAACGACGGUCAAACAGUUGAUCAUCACACAGACUGAGAGUAUUCCACACUAUAUCACUACGACGGAGGUGCGGGAGGUGAUGGUGACGCAGACGACCACCAUCCCUCUCUACCUCACCACCACAGCCAUCUCUGAAGUACGACUCAUCACCACCAAGCCCAUCAACAACUACCUCACCACCACCGAGCCCCUGUUUAUGGUCAGCACCGUCGACAGGUUCAUCACCACCACCAUACCGGUCUACGUCACGAGAACCUCGACGGUGCAAAUACAGAAAAAUCCUCAAAGUUACAACACAAUAGAUGGUCGGCGUUGGAUGUGGUCGGCGAGUGGGUGAUGUGGCAACACUGCCUAAUACUGCCGAGUUGGAGACUGUUGCGAGAGAGGCAGUUUCCUGGUGGCAGCUGUCAGUGUAAUGCUGCGGCAAUGUCUGAGUAGCUAAAUUAAGUCAUGUUAAAUUACCGAUGUUAAUGAGUUAAAAUGUUAAUGAAGCAAAGCCUCAGGCAAGUUCCUUCGGUGUGCCUGUUUUGAGUUUGUUGUAAAUAGCAAUUUUGUUUUGUUUCUUCUUUUCUUGCCUGUUAUCGUUUUUCGACAGUGUUGAUGUAUUGUGUAUUUUUCUGUCCUUUGUUUUGUAAUAGGAGAGUCUUCAAACUGUAUAUAAAGGAUAUUUUCAAUAAUUUUGAGUCCAAACCUUUUUGAAGGGAAUAUGGAUACAUUUUUUUUUUUUUUUUAAGAAACGUCUGUUUUUGUAAGUAUGAAUUUUUAAAUGUAUAUAAAGCUUAUUUUCAAUUAUGUUUUUUUUAUUCCAAGCCUUUCUGAAGGGAAUAUGGACUUUUUCAGUUUUUUUUUUUUUUUUUCAUGAGAUAAUUUUCAUCAAAUUAUCGCAUCAAAAAGUCCAGAAUAUCAUUUAAUCUGUGAAAUGUAAAAAUUAUAUACAAGGUUUUUACCUUCAAAACUCAUAUGCUACAUAAAUACCGUAUUAUAACAGUAAUUAAAAGAAAAAAAAUUAAACGAA